AUGGAAUGCACUGAUGCACAAAGGGUUAAUUAUGCAGUUUCUAUGUUAUAUGAUGAUGCUUACGAAUGGUGGAAGACUAUUCCUAGUAGCUUGGCUGAGCCUUUUAGAUUGACCUGGGUAGAUUUUCUCAGAGAGUUUAAACAGAAAUAUGUUCCAGUAGCCUAUGUAGAUGCUAAAUUGCAGGAAUUCCUAAGACUUAAGUCAGAAAACAGAUCUAUGGCUGAAUAUGAAUGGGAGUUCACCAGACUGAGUUACUAUGCUGGGGGUAUUCUUACUUCCAACAAAGAAAGAUGUAAGAGAUUUAAGCAGGGUCUUAAACCCAGCAUCAGGAGACAAGUCACAGGAUUUCAGUAUGAGGAUUUUUUAGCCUUGAUUUCUAAUGUAUUGGAACAGGAGAGAAUUGAUAAUGAAGAAGCUAUGGAGAGAGAAGGGAAAAAUAGCAGAGCACGGCCAAGAAGACUUUAG